AUGGCAGAGGAUCCGCCGACCGUUCGGACUUCUACGUCCGUCGAAGACCCGGCCGUUCCUAUCUCCGGGAACGGGACGAAAACUAUAAAUACCGCCGACCUCGCCGAUUCGGAACCACAAGACAUUCCAGACAAUUCCGGCACCAAAGAGGAUUCGGAGAUUGAAGUGCCAGAGGCCGUGCACGAGAAAAGUUCUGAAAGUGCCGCAGAAGUGGAAGAUCAAGUCCUGGAAUCCAAAGUCGAUUCCAAAGAAACGAAUGAGGAUGUAGAUACUGACAUUGCAGCCAAUGACAAGCAGGCCGAAAACAGUAAGCCCGUCCAAGAAGUUGAAAUUGAGGAUGAACCGCCAAAGGAGGAUACCCUUGAGGAAGUAGGAGAAAAUGUAGCUGUGACAGAUGUUCCUACUGAAGAAACUAAGGCCACUCAAGAACCUGAAGUCCCUGAGGAAACUGAAGUCCCUGAGGAAUCACAACCAGAAGUAGUACCACCGGUUCCAGGAAAAGACGCUGUACAACAGCCAGUAGAAACAAGCGAACCAGUGGCCGUUGUAGACCCAGUUGAGGCCACCACGCACUAUAAUGCCAAGCUUGAAAACGUCCAGAUCUUCCUGAAAGCAUUCCAGAACAUUGCCGAGACCAAAGAGGUCAAGAAGAACGAGGCUUUGCUGGCGGCCGCGAAGAAAUCCAUCGACAGUCUUGCCGCUCCUUCCGCCCAAACCGUGCACGUAAUCUAUGAUUCCUUAAAAGUUCUCUGUGAGCAUGGCAGUCAGGACCUCAAGUCGAAAGCGGUCGAUGUUUUCGCCAAGCUCUUCGACUACACGGUGUUCGAAGACGAGUUGGACCGUGCAAUGCUCACCGACGCGGCCAUCGACGUCAUCUCCUCUUGUUUCGAGGGUGAGGGAACGGACGAGAAGUUGGAGGUCCAGGUGGUCAAAGCACUUGUCCAGAGCAUUUUGAACAUGCCCACACACGGCGCGUCGCUUCUAAAAGCCGUUCGCCAAAUUUUCAACGUCACAAUCUUGUCUUUGUCUCAGGAUAACCAGGGCCUUGCCCAGGGAUCCUUGACCCAAGUUGUCGGCGCUGUGUUCCAGCGAGUCAACGAAGCGGCUCAGAGAGGGAAAAACACCAGUUUCGACUCCGUUCCUGUGGCCUCUGAUAUCGACGCGGAUGUCUCUUCUGACAAUAUAAACGACAAGCUCACCCUCGAAAAGUUGCGAGACCUGGCCGGUGAUUCCGCUGAUAUAGAACGAGUGAAAGAGGCCAGUGAUGCUUCGGCCAAAGAUGAGGACUUGGCAGUGAAAGAUGCCUUCUUAAUCUUUAGAGUUAUCUGUAAGUUGGCUAGCAAAGACCUUGACUCCGAUAAUGUCGAUAUGAGGUCUCAUGCCGCACGCCAGAAGUUGCUCACUUUGCAUCUCAUUCACACUAUCUUAAAGGACAAUAUCGACAUUUUCUUGAACAAGGAUGUCGUGCUCUUGUCCUCCAAGUCUGAAAAGCAUACAAGACUCGUGGAUGCUAUCCGUCCUUCUCUUUCUCAAGCAUUGUCUAGAAAUGCCACUUCGAGUUUAGCACCUGUGUUUGAGCUCUCCAUUGAAAUUUUCUGGCUCCUAGUUGCAAAUUUGCGCUCUGACUUCAGAAAGGAAAUCUCGAUCUUUUUCGAAACCAUCUACUUCCCAAUCGGUGAAAUCAAGACAUCAACGCCACAUCAUAAAAGAUAUCUUCUCGCAAUUAUAGAACGUCUUUGCAAUGAUUCGCGGUGUCUUAUUGAAUUCUACCUCAACUAUGACUGUGUGAGCAAAAUGCCCGAUAUCUGUGAUAUGUUGAUCAAUUACUUGACGAAACUUGCGCUCGCACGUGUUGAUGUGACAGCAGCUCAACAAAUCGCAUACAAAGAGAAGAAGAGACAAGGCAUUGCUCUUUACGAUGUCUCCAAAAUUGGUGAGUUGAACAGUGCUAGGAUCUCUUCGAGACCCCCUGAGCCGGACGUGUACGCAUCAUUUCCUCUCGAGUAUGCCCUAAAAGUGACAUCGUUGAACUGUUUCGUCGCUUUCUUGCGUUCGCUCAAUUCUUGGUGCCAGAAGGGUGCACUUGGCUCAAGAUCCAGCCAAAGUAAAUCCCAUCCAUCUUCGGCUCCAUUUUCGCCAACAUCAAGUCGCGAUAACUCAAGAAACACCUCGUUUGUCGCUGCACAGGGUAGCAGGGCAACUGAUGAUAAUGACGAUUACGAGCAAUUUGAGAGUCAGAGGCAAAGAAAGAAAUUGUUUGCCGAGGGCUCACGUAGAUUUACGCAAAAACCUGCUAAGGCCAUCAAAUUUUUCAUCGAAAAUGGUUUCCUCAAGUCUGAUUCCGUGGAGGAUAUUGCUUCGUUCUUAAGAGAGAAUGAUUCUUUCGACAAAGCUGCUAUCGGUGAAUAUUUGAGUGGUGAGAAUGAUGGUGCACUUCGACAUGCCUUUUUCAGUAAGUCAAACUUUGCAGGUCUAACAUUUGUUGACGCUUUGCGGAGUUUCUUACAGUUGUUCAGAUUACCCGGUGAGGGCCAAAAAGUCGACAGAUUCAUGCUUAAUUUUGCCGAGAGAUACGUGGAAGGUAACCCCGACGUGUUUGAGAAUGCAAACGCUGCGUACUACUUGGCAUACUCCACCACCAUGCUUAAUACAGACCAGCAUUCGAAGAAUCUCAAGAGCAGAAUGACUUUAGAGGACUUUGUUAGAAUGAAUGAGGGUUGUGAAGACAAUUUGCCAAGAGAGCUAUCCGAGGAAAUUUUCAAUGAAGUGCACAAUAAUGAGAUCAAGCUUCUCUCUGAACAAUCAGCAGCUGCAAUUAUGAAUGAUGGCUCUGCUGAUGCCGCAAGCGUCGGAUUCUUUAGUGGCAGAGACGUGAAUAAAGAGGCAUACAACCACGCAUCAAAAGAAAUGUCUUCUAAAACCGAAAUGCUUGUUCGGAGUCUCGGAAAGCGCACUCGCUCUACCGACGAAGACGAGAACUACCACGUUGCUUCAAAUAUAAUCCAGGUGAAGGCUAUCUUCAACCAAGUUUGGAUGUCGGUUUUGGCUGGACUUACAGGGCCAUUCAAGGAAUACGACGACGACGAGGUGGUACGUGCGUGCUUAGAAGGUCUCAAGUUCGCCAUCAAAAUUGCCUGCAUUUUCGAUAUGGAAGAUGUGAAGAAAGCCUUUGUCAAUGCACUCAUUCAGUUCCAAAACCUUGCCAAUAUUGACGAUAUCAAGCAAAAGAACGUCGAGGCUAUGUACUUGACUCUUGAUUUGGCAAUUAGCGAGGGCAAUUUCUUACAAAACCUUUGGUAUGCGGUAUUGGCACUGAUCUCUCAGCUUGAGCGUUUACAACUUAUUGCCAACGGAUUUGACCAGAACUCUAUUCCCGAUGUGUCUGUGGCAAAAUUGGUAUCUCGUACAUCUACAGAGAGUGCUUUACCUCGUCCUUCUGGAUUCUUUGGCUUCUCGAGAGAAACAACUGCCUCAGAGUCUGCAGCUAUCAAGCACCAAAACCAACAUUUGUCUCCAGAGUCUGCAGCACUUAUUGGCCGGACUGACCUCAGUGUUGCCAUGGACCGUGUUUUCACAAACACUUCUGAACUUUCAGGAGAGGCAAUUAAGGAUUUUGUCAUCGCAUUGAGACAGGUAGUUUCGGAAGAGAUCGAGCUGUCAGGAUCGGCAAAGAAUCCUAGGCUCUUCUCCUUGCAAAAGGUUGUUGAUAUCUGUUACUACAAUAUGGGACGUGUUCGUUUCGAAUGGUCGCCAUUGUGGGCCAACUUGGGAGACAUUUUCAACAAGGUUGGUUGUCACUCAAACCUUACAAUUGACUUCUUUGCCCUUGAUUCUCUCAAGCAGCUCUCCCUUCGGUUUUUGUCAUUGGAGGAGUUGGCACACUUCAAGUUCCAACAGGAGUUUUUGAAACCAUUCCACCACAUCAUUGUCAACAAUCACUCCAUUGAAGUGAAAGAGAUGGUCAUUGACUGUGUUAACAAUAUGGUCUUAGCUAAGGCUGAUCAAAUAAGAUCAGGUUGGAAAACUAUUUUUGAGGUUCUUACUGCUGCUGCAAAGCAAACUAGCGAUAGCAUCGUCAAGAAAGCAUUCGAAAUGGCUUUCCGGAUCAAAAAUGACUAUCUCGAUGAGGUUCGUGCACAAGAUUCGUUUGGCGAUCUAGUUGCCUGCUUCACCGAAUUCGCCAAAAAUGAAAAGUUCCAGAAGUAUGGUCUUCUGUCUGUUGAAAUUCUUACAAAGCUACUUGUUCAAAUCGCCAAACUUACUGUUGAAUCCAGCGAACCAUUGGCCAACGGAGAAAAGCAGGCUCGUAUUGAAAACCUCACUAAAUUAUGGUUCCCAAUCUUGUUUGGUUUCUACGACAUCAUUAUGCAUGGUGAGGAGAUGGAGGUUCGCCUGAAGACAUUGACUAGAUUCUUCGACGUCUUGCACAAGUAUGGUGACCAUUUCGAACCCGAGUUUUGGGAUAUCAUUUACCACAAACUUCUCGCACCAAUUUUUGGAAAGCUUUCUGAGCCUUGGAGUUUAUCGUUUGACAACAACGAGAGUAUUUCUGAGAUUGAUCGCAUGUCGGUUUGGGUUUCCACAACACUUGUACAGGCAUCUAAUAGCUUGGUAUCAUUGUACACACACUAUUUCGAUGCUUUCGAAGCCCUUCAGCCCCAGCUCAUGGGACUUAUAGUCAAUUUCAUCUGUCAAGAGAACGAAAUUCUCGCUCAAACGGGAAAAGCAUGCUUGACAGAAUUCAUACUCCAAAACGCCAGCCGGAUGUCGGAGCAACAAUGGACGUUGGUGGUUGACACGUUCGCCCAGCUCUUCGAGGAAACUACCGCUAAGGGCUUGCUACAAGUACCUAGUGGAGCAACUCCUGUCUCUGAGAAGAGCAACGAAAACGGUGCCGAAGAGAGCACCACUGCAGCCAACAACGUUGCCCGUGUUCAAGAGAAUUCUGCUCGCAGCAAAAGAAUCAUGGUGAUGAAGUGCGUCUUGCAGUUGACUUUGAUCGAGACUGUGAUGGAACUCACCGAAAAGAAAGUGUUCGUGGAGUCGAUCCCCGACUCUGAACUCAUACGUCUUUCACUGUUCUUGUUUAACAGUCACGAGUUUGCGCGGAGUUUCAAUGAUAACUACAAGCUUAGAAAUCAACUUUACGAGGGCGGUGUCAUCGAUAGAUUGCCCACGCUUCUCAAACAAGAAACAAUUUCAGCCGCGGUGUUCUUGAAUAUAAUGUUUACGUUGUACUGCGACGACAAGAGGGCUACCGACAGCGAAACCAAAGAUACCAUUCUCGAGUCAGUGGUGCCGCUCUGCAAUGCAAUCGUCAAGCGCUACUGUGCAUAUGACGAGUCCACACAACAGGCAUACAUCACCGCCUGGAGACAUGUCAUCAAGGAAAUAUUCGAGGGCUACGUUGAAAUGGACGAGGCCCACUUCAGUGCCCAUGCUCCCGAACUUUUCAGAGUAGCCAUGAAGGUGAACAAUCGUUGCAUGAGACCAGAUGUACAAAAGGCAAUUCUUGCAUUCAUGGCGCGGAUCGGCGACGUUUUCAUAUACAGCCGCAAAUAG